CCAUCAUGGCGGCAGGAUCGCGGCUGCCCGGGCCCGCGGCUCCGCAAGGUGGCUGCCGUUGCUGCUGUUAAGAGGCGGCGGCGGCGGCGGCGGCGGCGGCGCAGACUGGCGGGCAGGAUGGUGUUUCUGCGGCCGGAGCGGCGGGUGCGGACUAGGAGCCGGGCUGAGGUUUGGCCGAAGCAACGUGUGCCCAGGAGCAGCCGGCGCGGGUGUCUCUGAGGCAGCGGAGGGAGGCAGGACCGACUGACUGGCGGACGGACCGACCCACGGAAGGCGACCGGAGAGCCGGCCCCGGGGGGCUGUGCCGUGGGCGAGAUGCCGGGGCCGCCGGCGUUACUGCUGCUGCUGCUGCUCCUGGCCGCCGGCAGUGCCGGGGCCGCGCCACUUCCGCAAACAGGUGCAGGGGAGGCACCUACUACAGAAGUUCCUGUAUCGUUUGUAAUCCUGUCUGUGUGCAGCUUAAUGAUAUUAAUAGUGUUAAUAGCAAACUGUGUUUCCUGCUGUAAGGACCCAGAAAUAGACUUUAAGGAAUUUGAAGAUAAUUUUGAUGAUGAGAUAGAUUUCACACCACCAGCAGAAGACACCCCUUCUGUCCAGUCCCCAGCAGAGGUCUUCACACUUUCAGUACCAAAUAUUUCACUUCCAGCUCCAUCACAGUUCCAGCUUUCUGUGGAAGGUUUGAAGUCUCAAGUUGCCCGCCACAGCCUAAACUACAUACAGGAAAUUGGAAAUGGCUGGUUUGGAAAGGUUCUUCUUGGAGAGAUUUACACAGGUACCAGUGUGGCAAGAGUAAUAGUGAAGGAGCUAAAAGCAAGUGCAAGCCCAAAGGAACAAGAUGUUUUUUUGAAAAAUGGAGAACCUUACUAUAUUCUUCAACAUCCAAAUAUUCUUCAGUGUGUUGGACAAUGUGUAGAAGCCAUUCCCUAUCUUCUGGUGUUUGAAUUCUGCGACUUGGGCGAUCUAAAAGCUUACCUGCGCAAUGAGCAAGAGCACGUGCGGGGGGACUCACAGACCAUGCUGCUGCAGAGGAUGGCCUGCGAGAUCGCUGCGGGGCUGGCGGCCAUGCACAAGCUGCAUUUCCUGCACAGUGACUUAGCCCUGCGGAAUUGCUUCCUAACCUCGGACUUAAACGUGAAAGUGGGAGAUUAUGGAAUAGGAUUCAGCAGAUACAAGGAGGAUUAUAUCGAGACAGAUGAUAAAAAAGUUUUCCCUCUGCGAUGGACUGCUCCAGAAUUAGUAACCAGCUUUCAAGACAGACUGCUGACUGCAGAGCAGACUAAGUACAGUAAUAUCUGGUCACUGGGUGUGACCCUUUGGGAGCUUUUUGAUAAUGCUGCCCAGCCAUAUGCAAACCUUUCCAACCUGGACGUCCUCAAUCAAGUCAUUAGAGAGAGAGAGACGAAACUCCCGAAGCCCCAGCUGGAGCAGCCUUAUUCUGAUAGAUGGUAUGAAGUCUUACAGUUCUGCUGGCUGUCACCAGACAAGAGACCAGCAGCUGAAGAUGUCCACAGACUGCUGACUUACCUGCGCAUGCAGAGCCAGCGGAAUGCGGAAGUGGACUUUGAACAGCAGUGGAAUGCUCUCAAACCAAACACCAGCAGCAGAGACACGUCAAGCAAUGCUGCCUUUCCAAUCCUCGACCAUUUUACCAGGGAUCGGCUUGGUCGAGAAAUGGAGGAGGUUCUCACAGUGACCGAAACGAGCCAGGGGCUGAGCUUCGAGUAUGUCUGGGAGGCUGCCAAGCAUGAUCAUUUCGAUGAGCGUGGCCGGGGCCACCCAGACGAGGCCUUAUCCUACUCAAGCAUCUUCUUUCCAGUUGAGGUGUUUGAGAGUUCCCUUUCAGAACCUGGGCCUGGAAAACAGGAUGACAGUGGCCAGGAGGUCCCCCUCAGGGCCCCUGGAGUGGUUCCUGUCUUUGAUGCUCAUAACCUUUCAGUCGGAAGUGACUAUUAUAUCCAGUUAGAAGAGAAAAGCGGUAGAAACUUGGAACUUGAUUACCCACCUGCACUGCUCACAACCGAAAUGGAUAAUCCAGAAAGGGUUGGAGCAGAGGCAUCCCAGUUUCCCACCCUCAGGAACCCGGAAUUUGAGGAAUCCAGUACAGAUGAAGAUUUCUUCCAGAGCAGUACAGACCCGAAAGAUCCUGGCUUAGCUGAGGAUUUACAUGUUAACAGUGGCCCUGAGAGCCCGUUCAAUAAUAUUUUUAAUGAUAUUGACAAAGCGGAAGAUUUGCCCAGUCACCAAAAAAUAUUCGACUUAAUGGAACUAAAUGGAGUUCAAACUGACUUUAAGCCAACCACUUUAGGUUCAAGUUUGGAUGACCCCAGCAAGUCAGGAAUAGCUUGCCACUCUGACAAAGAAAAGCCUCGUAAGCUUUUUGACCAUGAGCCUCUUUGUUUGUCAGAAAAUCUUUUGCACCAAGAUCACUUUGAUCCAUUGAAUGUUCAAGAAUUGACAGAAAACUUUUUAUUUCUUCAAGAGAAAAACUUACUAAAAGACUCAUUAUCUAGCAAGGAACUUAUAAGUGAUCUUCAAACAGAACUUAAGAAUGCCAGUUUUACUGACACUGUUUCAGAAAUGUCUCCUAGAAACUCUAUAGCUACUGAGCUUAAGCUUAAUGAAAAGACACCGGGCUUCCCUCUGUCCCAGGAGAAUCUGGGCACAAAGGGCACAGAUGCAGGAGUCACGCUCAAGGGUGACACUUUGAGCACCUCAUUGCAGUCUUCCCCAGAAGCGCAGGUACCUCCUACCUCUCUCACAGCAGAAGAAGCACUUCCUGAUGCCCCCUCAGGUUCACUUCUGAAGCAGGAAGGGACCAAGCCUACAGGUUUGGAUGUCAGCACCCCUGAGGACCUUCUCUGCCAGGAUCUGAAUCCAGACUCUACACCUGCUGAAGUUGAGAUUCCCUCCACCAACACCAGAACCUGUGGUGUGGACAGUGGGCCCCAGGACUCAAUGCACCCAAGCCAGGAGGUCUUCAGAUUAACCAAAGGGGACUCCAUUCUUAUAGAUAAUGUUCUUGCUAGUCGGGGGAGUACUGGGAACAGUCUUCCAGAAUUGAGACAAAACUUACAAAAUAAACUGCUUUCAGAAGACUGUCAUGGAGGCAGUUUACUGGAGAAAAACUUGGAAACUGUAGAGACUUUAAACCAGCUAAGUUAUAAAGAUGCCACAAAAGAUACAGGCUUGGUGUCUGCCCUUUCAUCAGACUCCACCAGCCAAGAUAGCCUCUUAGACGAUAGCUUGUCAACACCCAACCCGACCUCAGAACAGUCAGUAGAGACCCCAGACUCCCUGGAUUCAGUGGAUGUCCAUGAAGCGUUAUUGGAAUCCUUAGGCUCCCACACCCCUCAGAAACUCCUGCCCCCUGACAAGCCAGCAGAUAGUGGCUAUGAAACAGAGAACCUGGAGUCCCCUGAGUGGACUCUGCACCCUGCCCCUGAGGGCACCUCAGACUCAGACUCAGCUGCAGUGGGUGAUGGCAGUCAUAGCAGUCUGCCUGCCAACCCGGUCAUCGUCAUCUCAGAUGCAGGUGAUGGCCACCGAGGGGCAGAAGGCAGCUCACAGACUUUUGCACCUGUCUCCCAGAGUUCAUAUCGAGACUCUGCAUACUUCUCAGAUAAUGACUCGGAGCCAGAUAAAAAGUCUGAAGAGGUCCCAGGAACCUCCACUUCAGCCUUGGCAUUAGCAGAGGACCAGUCCCUGCCUGAGCCAGUCACCCCAGAGCAAAGCCCUGGUGCCAAAGAUAGCUGCCCGGAAACCCAAAAGAGCCAACCACAUCAAAGUUGUCCAUCGGAUACGCAGAAUUCCAGUCACUUGGAAGUACAAGAAAUAUUGGAGUCAGUGCAGGCUGAGAUUUCCAGACAGACAUACCCUGUGGAAGACGAGGCCAGGAGCCCCUUAAGUUUAUUGAAUUCAGAACUUAGCAGUGACGACUUCGAGAUGCAAGAAGAUCGCCCCUGCACCAUCACCUCCACGGGAACCAACACCAACGAACUCCUGGCAUAUGCAAAUUCUUCGGUGGAUAAGUCCUUAUCCAGCCACUCUGAGGGCCCCAAGUUGAAAGAGCCAGAUAUUGAAGGGAAAUACCUGGGCAAACUUGCUGUGUCUGGGAUGCUCGACCUCUCCGAGGAUGGGAUGGAUGCCGAUGAGGAGGACGAGAACAGUGACGACUCGGAUGAGGACCUGAGGGCCUUCAACCUGCACAGCCUCAGCUCUGAAUCGGAAGACGACAUCGAGCACCCUGUGCCUGUGAUCCUCAGCAACGAUGAGGACAGCAGGCACUUGCGGAGUUUGUUGAAACCGUCAGCAUCUGUGGCCAUUGAUCAGCUGCCUGAUGACUGGAAGAAGGAAAAGAAGGCAGUGACGUUUUUUGAUGAUGUCACAGUCUACCUGUUUGACCAGGAGACCCCAACCAAAGAGCUGGGACACUGUGGAGGAGAAGCUCAUGGCCCCGGGCCAAACAGCCCAGCACCGUCUUCUGACUCCCCCUACCUGAGCAGGUGCAUAAAUUCUGAAAGCUCCACGGAUGAAGAAGGUGGAGGCUUUGAAUGGGAUGAUGACUUCUCUGCCGAUCCUUUCAUGUCCAAGACGACAAGCAACCUCCUUGGUUCCAAGCCUUCCCUUCAAACGUCCAAGUACUUCUCUCCCCCGCCACCGGCCCGGAGCACAGAGCAGAGCUGGCCGCACGUGUCCCCCUGUUCCAGGUUCUCCAUCUCUCCUGCCAACAUCGCCAGCUUCUCUCUCACGCACCUCACAGACUCGGACAUUGAGCAGGGAGGCAGCAGUGAAGAUGGAGAAAAGGAUUAGCUGCUGCAGAGAACUCCACCAAGCAGCAUCCCGAGUCAGCCGAGCAGUCCUGCCCACCGCUGGCCACCGUGAGCCUGGGAGAGGGACUCCAAAGGUGAAAGAUUGCUGGACCGCCACCGGGCCGGGCAGCUGGGCCCUCUGCAGCUGCACACCCGCGGCCCCUCACACUUGAAGUGCUCGUGGCUGGUCAUCCUGGCAAGGUGGCACACUGCCUCCACGUGUGUGGGGGAACCAUGUGCACUGGGGUGUGUGUCUGUUUUCUGCCUCCUCUUCCACGUCCACACCUGUGCCUCCUGGUCUGGGUACAGGUGCUGUGGAGGGUGCACCAGGGGAAUGGUCACAAGUGAGCCAUAUUUAUUGUUCUUAAAGAAAUCACUAAUUGCUCUCUGUAAUUGCACUGUGGAUAAGUGUUCCAAGAGUCCCAAUAUUGUACAGAAUCAUAAAUUAUUCAAGGAAAAUACGGCAGGUCAAGCUGGUGCUAUUCACUAGUUUGAUUUUUUUUAAAUAGUUUAUUUGCUCUGCAUGGUACUUGUAAAGCUUAAAUAUUUUGAGUGUUAUGCCGUCUUCAGAAUUGUUGGAACUGUACAUAUGGUACUCUUUCAUAAAUGAUAUUGAUUCUGAAUGUUAGUGUUUUAUGUUCUUAUAGGAAAUAUUUUUGAUGAGUCCAAAAAUACUGCUCUGUUUUGUUGAUAGAAUCGAACACAUUUUGUCUGUUCUCUAUUAGCUGCUUCCCCUGUAGCACACGAGGCCUCUCUGAGCAGCUCAAAGGCCUUGCAGCCUCUCUGUGGGAUGCUCCCACUCUGCGCCCACUUUUUCAACCCUUUUGGUAAAAAUUGACAGGAGGUGCACCCCGGAACUUGGCUGCAGGUCACUGUUCUCUGAGGCCAGUUUCUGCCAUAGCAGGUCAGGCAAGUUGCAGGCAGAGUGUGGCCUCCGCCCCCUUCCCCUCCCCCAGGGGGGCCAGGCUGCAGGGGUUCUACCUGUCCCUCCUCCGAGGCACUGGCAUCCCCACGCGUCCCAGUAGAGGGCUCUGGAUGCUGGGCACGGUAUGGAUAAUUUUGUCUGUCUACUUUGGGUGUGGUUGAAUCAAGCUCUUAAAAAAUUUCCAGGGAGAGGGCGUAACUCAGUGGUAGAGCACUUGCCUUGCGUGCCUGAGACCUUGCUUCCAUUCCUAGCACUGGAAAAAAAGGAAGUCUCCAAAGCUGAUUUCCCCCUCAGAGCCACUCCAAGUCAUGGCUGGUGUCUUUGUAACCCAGGAGAUAGACUGCACCUUGCGGCUGCCAGGAAGAAAACAGGGGGCCUCAGCAGAGCCCAGCAGCCGAUGUGCCCUCAGGGUUAUCCUGUGUGACUGUCACAACUUGCGUGGCCCAGGGGCUCCUCUGCACAGCCUUUUCCUUCUUGUUCUCCUCUUGUUUUGAAAGGGACUGAGCAUUUGCAGUGCGGCUUCAUCACAGGCUGGCAGGAAUCAGGAGUCCCUGACCCGAAGCUGCCCUCAUCCUACCAUCCUUGAGCUCUGUGUUGGCACCAGGAAGUCUCCGAUGGCUAGUGUGGCAUAGCCGCGCUGUGCUGAGCUAGCACUGAUCCUACUGGGGUGGGUCCCCUCACACUGGUCCUUCGCCCCAAAUAUUUUCGGGUGCUGAUCUGAUUUCCAGACUCCAGCAAGACACUGGAAUGAGUCUCUAGACUGCGGCUGGAGCUGUGACGUCAGCUGGCUCCAGUCCCUGUGCAGAAUGCAAAUAUGGACCUUGGCUGGAGUGUAUGUAGGUGGUAAAUUGUGACCUUUAUUAUGAAUUCCGAUUCACUCUGCAAAUUUUUUUCUACUAAGCAAUAAAACUUUCCAAAGCAAGAAAAUUCAGAAUGGAGUCCCCCCACCCCCACCGUGGUGUGACCAUAGUGCACUCCGGCCGGGUUCUAGCGCUGGGUCUGGACAUGGAAGCAGGGCUUUGGAAGGUGAUUUUGCCAAAAUGUCAGAACUGAAUUUCUUGCUGUGGCAACUUCCUGAGUUUUCUGAUUUUUUUUACCUCUAUUUACCAGUCUUGGUUGAGAGAUAAAUGAGAUGUGAUUAUGUUCAUUUUUUCAAAUUAUAGGCUUAAGGAGUUCAGACUUAAGUGACUAAAAAUCAAGCAGAUCCAUAGAAUAUAUAGCCUUCUUACGUAGUUAGCCCAGGAUACAUUUACUGCUAUUUGGGGGCUGUACUUUUUUUCACUAUGUCAAGAUUUUUUAACAACAUAGUUCCCACAUUUUUUAAUUUUAGGUCUGUAUCACUCUCAUAAUUAAUUGCCAAAAGCAUUUUAUACCUUGAGUUGGGAAUGGGGUGGGUUGGAUCUUACUGUGGUGUUGCAUGGAAGGGAAGACUGUAUUUCUGAUACACAUGUGAGUCAACAUGAUUUUUUGAAAUCUCAAGCAAUACAAAGAAAUUUAAUUCAAUAGAUUAAAACUUCAACCCAUUUUGAAGUGUCAAGCAUGCACUUUGUUGUUCAAUUCAGGGUUGUUGGGGGGGGUUGUUGUUGGGUUUCUUUAUUUCUUUUUAUUUUUUAACUAAUAAGUUGGUUACCAGUAGUGGGUUUUAUGAAUGGUACUUGUUCUAAAAAGUUAUGCAAUGAAGUAAAUCAUCGGCAUUCUCUAGACCAAGUGGGGAGGUUUCUAAUACCUGAGGCAUUUCCUGGCCUCCUUUGGGUAGCCGUACAGGAUGGCUACCAUACGACUUGAUUUAGAUCUUACUUUGGUGGAGUGUGUAUGUUUAAAUCAUGUAAUACGAAUAAUCUAACCGUCAUUCCCCUUCUAGCUAGAUGCUGAUUUGUGUUAUCAAACGGCCCUGUCAUAAGCAGAAAAAGAACUGUAGAGAAAGUCCUCCCAGAUCCUUCUGAGACUCAGAUCCUGUGUCUGGGUCAGAAGCCAUUCAUCUUAAGGGCGAAAGAAGAAAGCUGAAUUAAAAACAAAUCAUCCAUUCUAUUUUUAAAUGUUCAGGCCUGUUUCUAUAGAGAUGGUUUUAUCUAAGAAAAAAAUCUUUGUAUGUCUUGCCUUUCAAAAACCUCUUCCUUUCACUCAUAUUUCCUUCCCAUAGGGUAUUUGUAGAGUUAAUGAUCUUUGCAUGUCUGUCCCGGGGGGGCCUGGCAGAGUUCUCUACUCAGUCGGUCACCUAAAAAUUCAGAUGCAAUGCAAGUGUCAUACUCCAAAUGUUGGGUUUCAGUUAUGGGGGGCUUCAGAUCUCAUGAGGAGUAGCCUUAAAAAAAGAAUGGGCAUACAGUUACUUCAGACAGAAAUCUCAGAAACAAUAUUCCUAAGUAGCAGUGCGGUUGGCGCCAGUCUUGGCUGUUAAAAAAGAAAACUCUCUAGCAUAUAAAUAAGUUCUUGAAGAUGUGUUGACAGUAUUGCGUUACCGACACCGGUCCAGGUCAGCUUGAAUGGCUUAGCUGGGUCUGGAUGAUGGGACUCGUCUACAGAUAGAGGCCUGGGGCGAUCAUACCUACCAGGCCUUUGUACUGAACAGUCAGAAGAGGUUCACGGCAAUAUAACAGUUAAUGAACUUUCAGUUUAAAUUGUGUACAUUUUUAAAUUGUAAGAUUUUUACUGUAUAUUGAUGCAUAGUGUGAUUCAAUAAAUUGCUUGUAAUUUAAAAACUAUUUAAUAUUCAAAAUAAAUAUAGUUAUAUAUUUAUAAA